AUGCCCCGGCGGAAGGCAGACGCAGCCAGUUCGGGGAACGGCACGGGGGUAUCGCGCAAACGGGCGAGCACCGGCCGGGGGCCCCCGCUGACCGCCAAGAGGAAGAAUCGGGGUGGUGGGGGCAGCAGCAGCAGUAGCAGCAACAACGGGGGCGGGGGCAGCAGCGGAGAGGAGCAGGAUGGGCUGGUGUUGCCCCUGCUCUCGGCCCCCGGAGGAAGCAAGAAGACGCCCCGGUCUGGAGGCGGGCGAGAACAGCAAAGCCCCCCCGGUUUGCAAUCGCCCCAGGCCGCCGUGGUGGUCAGCGAGCCCGAACACACCAAGGAGCGCAUUAAACUGGAAGGCUCAAAGUGUAAAGGGCAGCUUUUGAUAUUUGGGGCCACGAACUGGGACUUAAUUGGCCGAAAAGAAGUCCCAAAGCAGCAAGCUGCGUAUCGCAACCUUGGCCAAAACCUGUGGGGGCCACACAGGUACGGAUGUCUCUCGGGAAUCCAAAUCCGGACGGCAAUUUCGGGUCCGUGUGCUGCUCACAGCCUCUUCAUCACCGUGGAAGGGAAGCUGUGGAGCUGGGGACGCAACGACAAAGGGCAGCUGGGCCACGGAGAUACCAAGCGGGUCGAUGCCCCCAAGCCUAUAGAAGUGCUCAGCAGUGAGACAGUUGUGUCAGCCGCUUGUGGGCGCAACCACACACUGGCCCUGACAGAGAAUGGAGCUGUCUUUGCUUUUGGAGAGAACAAGAUGGGGCAACUAGGAUUGGGGAACCAGACAGAUGCCAUUCCCAGUCCUACCCAGAUCAUGUACAACGGCCAGCCAAUUACCAAGGUGGCUUGCGGGGCUGAGUUCAGCAUGAUUAUGGAUUGCAAAGGGAAUCUCUAUUCGUUCGGUUGCCCUGAGUACGGACAGCUAGGGCACAACUCCGACGGGAAGUUCAUCGCCCGAGCCCAGAGGAUAGAAUACGACUGUGAGUUAGUUCCUCGCCGUGUGGCCAUCUUCAUCGAGAAGACCAAAGAUGGCCAGAUCCUGCCAGUCCCGAACAUCGUCGUGAGGGAUGUGGCGUGUGGUGCGAAUCACACGGGUUACGGAGAUCACAAGCCGAAGUCUUCCACUUCAGCUCAGGAAGUGAAAACGCUGGAUGGGAUUUAUACAGAACAGGUGGCCAUGGGCUACGCUCACUCCCUGGCGAUCGCCCGCGAUGACAACGAAGCUGAAAAGGAGAAGAUCAAGAAAUUGCCAGAAUACAACCCACGCACCCUCUGA